GGAAACGGCGGAGGCUGAAGCGGGAAGAGAAACAAUCACAGAGACGGGUAAAGUUACACGCAGCGGCAGAAGCAGCGGAAAUAUGUUGAUUUUUAUAAAAACGAGAUUGAGAAAGAUUUUUAUUUUAUGAGUCAGUUUAUAGAAAGAGGAGCUUUCCCGCCUCCUUCCGUUAACGGUCUGUCUGCUAGCUAAAGUCACCGGAGCGACGCUGCUGCAUCUUUCAAUGGCUUCCUCAGGCUGGCAGCAUCCCUACGUCAACAUAUUCAAACAUGUUAAGGUGGAGGAAUGGAGGAGGUCCGCCAAAGCUGGAGAUGUGUCAUCUCACCUGGACAAGACGCUGAAGUGUCCCGUGUUUCGGAUCAAGGGUCCUGUUCCCGCCAACAGCUACAUCCUGCUGCCCAAAAACCCCGAGCACUCCCUGCGUCUGACCGGCCGCUACUUCUACCUUCUCUUCAGGCCCACGCCUGGCAAAUACUUCAUGGUCCACCUCGAUGUCGCUGUGGAGGAGGGUCAGGUGGUCCGCAUCUCCUUCUCCAACAUGUUUAAAGAGUUCAAGUCCACGGCGACGUGGCUUCAGUUUCCAUUCCUCUGUGGAGCGGCGAAGGAUUCGGUCUAUGAGAACACGUCGAGAUCCACCAGACACGGUUUAGUGGGUCCCGCUCCCCCUUCAGUGCGCUGGACCUGCCUGGUGAUGGAUCUGCGCUUCACGCUUUCUGUCUACCUCAAUCGUCACCACAGUCACCUGAAGAGCGUCAAGCUUUGUGCCAACAUGCUGGUGAAGAACAUGUUCACCAGCGAGCUGCUGCUGGAUCCCGGAGUUUCCUUCAGUGAAGCAAAGCAACGAGGUCUUUCUUCUUCUCAGGGAACUGGUCCGAUUCCCAGGGAGAUGUCUUUCCCUGUGCCUAAAGGAAGCUGCUGGAAUGACCUUUAUGAUCACAUAAAAUUUCCUUCAGAAGGCACAAAGCUCCCCUUUGACUCCAUUCAAAAACAGGAUCUAAAUCCAAAGCCUAGAAGUGCUUCAAACCAAAGAAGCCCGGUGACGGAUGAGUGCCCCUUUGCCAAAGUCAGCAGAGAGGUUCAACACCGUGUUUUGCUCAGUCAGCAGAUCGCUGCCCCAACACUACUACCAGGAAGCCGAGCAGCUUUCCGGUCCUCCCUGGCCGAGUUUAGCCCGAAGGACUGGGCUCGCCAUGAUGAGGUCCAGCUGCAGGAUGCAGCGGCCUGCAGUCCGGGUCACGUCUCAUCCGGGCCGCACCGUCGGACAGAUGACGGGGGAAUCCAUGUGUUCGUUCAUCCUGAAGAGGCUCUGAGCACACAUGGAAGUGAAGAUGAGGUGGUGUGCGCCUCUGUGUCACAUCCUGUUUCUUUGCCCUCAUUCAAGGAAAGCAAGCAGCAGAACCUGCUGCCCGACCCGAUCCUGAGGCUCAGUCGAGUCAUCGGCUUUGGAGGCGCCACCACUAGACACGCCCUUUGGACCAAGUCAGGGGACGCAGUGGUGUAUCCGUGUCACGCCAUCAUCGUAUCCAUGAAGAUAGCGACUAACGAGCAGAGAUUCUUCGUUGGCCACACCGAUAAGAUUUCUGCUCUGGCCUUUAACGGCGGCUCCACCCUGCUGGCCUCGGCUCAGAGCGGCAGCAGCAGCGCGGUGCGGCUGUGGAGCUACAGCCGAGGAAGCUGCCUGUCCACGAUCAGGACCCACGGCCGUUCGUUAUGCUGCCUGAGCUUCUCGCACGGCGGAGGCUUUCUCUGUGGAGUGGGUAAAGACAGACACAACAAAACGAUGGUGGUGGUGUGGAACACCCUAAACGUUUCUAAAGGUGGAGAGGUGACCAUCUUAGCCAAAGCACACACAGAUGUGGACAUUAUUACCAUGAAGAUUGCCUUCUUUGACGACACAAGGAUGGUGUCAUGCGGGCGAGAAAACAUCCGUCUGUGGAGGGUGCGGAACGGGACCCUGCGGUCCUGCCCGGUCCACCUGGGCGAGUACCACUCUCUGGACUUCACCGACGUGGCCUUUGAGGAGGGGAUCUCCUCUGAUCAGCACGUUGAUGACCGAACGCUCUUUGCCAGCACUCGAAGCGGCCACAUCUUUGAGAUAGACUACAGCAGAGUAGCGGUUAAAAACGUGAGGAGGUUGCUGCCUGCACAGCAGCAGCAUGCAGAGCGCAGGGAGAAACAGACCUUCAACACCGGUCCAGGAAUUGCCAUCAACAGCAUCAGCGUUUCUUCUUCAUUCUGCGCCACCGGCUCUGAAGAUGGCUUCCUGCGGCUCUGGACCCUCGAUUUCUCCUCUGUCAUUUUAGAGGCUGAGCACGAAGGCGCAGUGAGCGAGGUGUCGGUCUCCUUUGACAGCCUGCAGGUGUUGGCAGCCACAUCCACAGGAAACCUGGGAUUUCUGGACGUGAGCAGCCGCGGCUACAGCACCUUAAUGAGGUCCCACACAGACGCCGUGCUGGGCUUCAGCGUGGACGGCAUCCGCCGCCAUCUAGCAACAGCCUCAGCCGAUGGAACGGUGCGCGUGUGGAACAUGGACUCCUUGCAUCAGUUGUACGACUUUGCUUCGGAAGACAACCCUUGCGCCGUGGCGUUUCAUCCUCAUGAGCAGACCUUCUCCUGCGGCUUCACCUCCGGAACGGUCAGAGUUUUUGACGUUUCCAGUGCCAGGCUGCUGGCUGAGCAUAGACAGCACCGAGGUGAAGUGAUUGGUUUGGCCUUUUCUCCAGACGGGGACUUCCUGUACAGUGCUGAUUCAGAGGGUUCUUUGGCGCUUUAUAACGCCUCUGAGGAGGAUCACAGCAUAACCAGAGUGGCCUGUAACGUCGUGGCCCGGGGCACCGAGCGCGCUCCAGACGCUCUGGCAGUCAGCGCUGACAGCAGCCGGCUGGCAUUUGUUGGUCCCUCGCCGUACAUCGUCACCAUCGCUGAUGCUCGGUCUCUGGAUGAGCUGCUGCAUGUAGAUGUGAGUAUUUUGGACGUGGAAAGCCCCCAGUUGGAUUCAGCGCUGAAGGUCUGCUUCUCUCCGGCCUCAACGCAACAUUUGCUCAUCGCUACAUCUGCAAACAAGAUCCUGUGGCUCAGCACCGAGACGGGCCGCCUGCUCAGACAGGUGUCCGACGUUCACAAGCAUCCGUGCUCUUCUCUGGCUGUGAGCGAAGACAGCCGCUUCCUCCUGACGUCUGGACACAACGCCGUGAAAGUUUGGGAUUAUAACGUCACACGUCACAGUAGCUCACAGAUGUUCAUAGGCCACAGUCAACCUGUUCGGCAGGUCAGCUUCACCCCUGACCAGCUUGGCGUCGUCUCGGUGGGAGACGCCAUAUUUCUGUGGGACUUCCUGGCAGAUCCUGUUGAACGUUUAACAGACAGUGGCUCCCCGUGUAAAGCAAGCCGCGGCUCAUCUCCAGCAUCAGGUGGAUCUCUUGUAAACACAGACGCUGAGGUGAACGGAGCGCAGCUGUCCAAUGAGAUGCCUCGGCAGACGGCGCCGCUCCCCUCCUCACAGCACCGGCUGGACGUCAGCGCUCUGCACCGAGUUAUUCAGGGAGGCAUGUUUGCUCCGCGCUUCUCCGUCUCACCAACUUUACGCUGUUAUUCACACACAAUGAAUCGUGUCAAUUUACAGAUAUUAGUGGUGGAUGAGAAACUUUGGGUGUCUGGUACAGAAAUCUGCUCUUUCUUUAUGUUUGAUUGUUUUUUUUACCUGAAAAGCUUAAACGUAUUCAGAGAUGAUUCAGGAAAGCCGGUUCAAACCACGGGUCCAAGUCCGAGCUCCCAUCCCAGACCUGCCGUCUCUUUUUUCAAAGUCACCGACUUGGACAGCUUUUCUCACCUGAACGCAGAUGACCUGGACCCCUUGGAGUUGAGUCAGAAGGACCCGGUCCGCCCAGACUGCUAUAAGCAUUUUAUUCCUCGUUUAAAGACCUCCCCUCUGGAUCAGUCCAUUGCAGCUCCUCCACCUCAAGAUGAAGGCAUAAAGCUAAAAGCAGUGAUCGGCUACAAUGGCAACGGUCGAGGCAACAUGGUCUGGAGCCCUGAUCAAGGUUUAUUUGCGUACUCUAGCGGCUGUGUGGUGGUGGUGGAGUAUCUUCACACGGGGACCCAGAGACACCUGCAGGGCCACAACGAGGAGAUCUCCUGUCUUGCCUUUUCAAAUGACGCCCAGACCGUGGCGUCUGCAGCUGGCAGCAGCAGAAGCCUCGUCUACAUCUGGGAUGUUCAGACCGGAAGCCGGCGUAGCACCGUCUCCUACCACAGGGGGGCAGUGCAGAGUCUCGCCUUCUCCAGGGAUGACCUCUUCUUCCUCUCUGUUGGAGACUUCUCAGAUCCGGGGUUGGCGCUGUGGAGUACCGAGAGCUUCCAGCUGUUGUCUACUGUGAAUAUGUGUGGACCAAUCCACGACGCUGCCUUUAGCCCCACGGCAGCCAGUCAGAUGGCGUGUGUGGGGACCCAUGGGGCCUACUUCGUCCUCAUCCACACACACGCGUCACACACAGACCUUAAGGUCCAAAGGGUGUCGGCACCGUCAGAGGCUGGAGAUGCGGAGCUGACAGCUCUGUGCUACCACAUGGACUCCGUACUGUUUACCGGCACAAGUCGAGGACAUGUCUGCGCGUGGGACGUCAAGAAGCAGUGCUGCUUUAUGAUCUGGAAAGCAGAUGAUGGAGAAAUCGGAGUGCUGCUUUGUGGAGGGAAUCGCUUGCUGACGGGAAGUAACACGCACUGGCUGCGGUUAUGGGAGGUAGAAGCUGUACGCGGCAUGACGUCAACAGAAAAGACCUGCAGGAUAAACGGUGGGACGAAGGUGGUCGUGGAGCAGGAAAUAAUGCUGGAUGGGGCGAUGGUCAGCGCGGCCUUCGAUAACUCGGUGGACAUGGGCAUCGUUGGCACCGCGGCAGGAACCCUGUGGUACAUCAACUGGUCCGACAACAGCAGCAUCCGCCUGGUCAGCGGACACCGCUCAAAGGUCAGCGACGUGGUGUUCAGCGGCGAUGAGCGCCACUUUGCCACCUGCAGCGAGGACGGCAGCGUGAGGGUGUGGUCGACCUCCAGCUACGAGCUGGUGGUGCAGUUCCAGGUGAUCAACCAGGCCUGUGGCUGUUUGUGUUGGAGUCCGUCCUCCGGCGCAGACGCUUCACGCAUCGCCGCAGGAUACAGCGACGGGACGCUGAGGGUGUUCCGGCUCGCUUCGACAGAGAUGGAGAUGAAGCUGCAGCCUCAUUAUGUGGCCGUCACUGCCGUCACUUACUCUGCCGGCGGUGAUGUGAUCCUGUCGGCUGGAGCGAACGGCCUGCUAGCUGUGAGCAGCCCAACCAGCGGAGCAACGAUCCGCGUCAUCAGGGACCAUAAAGGAGCGACGAUAACCUCCAUCCAGUGCGUGAAGGAACAGUGCAAGAAGUUUGGCCUGGAAGGAGAUGAAAUGUUUUUGGCCGCCGGCGCCGACAGACGGGUCAGCGUUUGGGCCACCGACUGGUCGAGGGAGAAGUGUGAGCUGCUGGACUGGCUGUCGUUUCCUGCCCCAGCCAAGAUGGCGGCUGACAGUUUGCCCCCCAGCCUGGCUGCUUUCUGCCCUGCUGAUCACAGCCUGCUGGUCUACACCGGCUACGGAGUGGAGAAGGAGCUCUCUUUUUACAGCCUGGCUAAGAAACAAAUCAUUAAAAAGGUCGCCCUGACCCACUGGGCCACCUGCCUCAGCCUGUCUCCCAGGACUCAUCUCCUUGCUGUCGGCUCCAAAGAGCGAGUGCUGAAGCUGAUCCAGUCAAGCAGCGGGAGGUUUCAGGACUUCCUGCGCCACAGCGACUCGCUGCACGCGUGUCACUUCUCUCCCUCUGGGGCGCUCCUCUUCUCCGCAGCGUUUAACGAGGUUCUGCUGUGGGAGGUGCCGGGCCUCUGACCAGCGCAUCUCGUCGUGUGGCACCGUCUGUUUUUUAUGAAUCUGAUUUUUUUUUUACUGUACAGUUUUUAAAAAAUAAAGCCUUGUCAUAGAGGUUC